UUAUCAACAGAAAUUACACUUAAUUUAAAGUGUCUAAUCUGCAUCAACCAAUCCCUUCCCACCAACCAAGCAAAUUGAAUCGCCAAUUAAAGAAACCAAACACACACACCCACACCCACACCCACACUUCUCCACUCUCAACUUAAAAGACUAUAAAAAAGUAGUACUUGAUUCAUACAUCAUAUCCACAUUGUUCCAAGCUGCAUAUUAAUUCAAAAUGCACCCUACAAAAACCGCCAUCAAAAUUCAGAUUAUCAUCGCCGCAAUCCUACUAGGCGUAGCCCGUCACGGCGAAACACACGGGUUAACAUUCCCGUCUGCUCCGCCUUUGGGCCCCACACCAUCGGAGGCCGACCUGAUUUUCACUGACCAGAGGCUAGCCGCCGUAUUCCCAAUCAUCCAGAAUUUCAAGAGCCUCAUCACCUCCGAUCCCUUCAACGUCACCGCCACGUGGGCCGGGCCCGAUGUGUGCGCCUAUAAGGGUUUCUACUGCGAGAGCCCGCCCGACAACCGGUCCGCCACCGCGCUCGCCUCCAUCGACUUCAACGGCUUCCGCCUCGCUGCCCCGACGCUGGCCGGCUUCCUCGACCGGCUUCCGGACCUCGCCCUCUUCCACGCCAACUCCAACGACUUCGGCGGCGCGAUCCCCCCUGGGACAGCGGCGCUGCCGUACCUCUACGAGCUCGACGUUAGCAACAACCGGCUCUCCGGGCCGUUCCCCGCCGCCGUCGUCGGCAUGGCGGGCCUCGCCUUCCUCGACCUCCGCUUCAACGCCCUCUCCGGCGCCGUCCCGCCACAGCUCUUCGGGCGCCGCGGCCUCGACGCACUCUUCAUCAACAACAACCUCUUUGCCACGCGCCUCCCCGACAACCUCGGCGCCACCCACAUUGUCUACCUCACGCUGGCCAACAACAGAUUCUUUGGCCCUAUCCCGCGCAGCAUUUCUAGAACCUUCUCGAAUGUUUCCGAGAUUCUUCUUCUUAACAACCUCCUGAGCGGCUGCCUGCCCUACGAGCUAGGGUUCCUGACGGAGGCCGCCGUCAUCGACGCCGGCGGAAACCGCCUCACGGGGCCGCUGCCGCCGUCGCUGGGGUGCCUGCAGAGCCUCGAGGCUCUCAACCUUGCCGGAAACCUGCUGUACGGGCAGGUGCCGGAGGCGCUUUGCUGGCUGGGGAAGGUGGCGAAUCUGUCGCUGUCGGAGAACUACUUCACCGGCGUGGGGCCCGCGUGCUGGCGGCUGAUCAGCAACGGGGUUUUGGACGUGAGGAGGAACUGCAUUCCGGGAUUCACGUCGCAGCGCUCCGUCGCCGAGUGCGCCGCGUUUUUCGCGCGGCCGCCGAGGUUUUGCCCGUACAUGCCCGUGUACGGCCGUAUUCCCUGUCGCCUGCCGCCGCGCUACGCCGCGGAUCUUCCUCAGCUCGCUCCAUCGCCGGAGUGAUCUCGUUUUGUAAUAGUAAUUUGGAGUUUGAUUCUUCGUAAAAAUUGUGUAUAUUUAUCAUAUAACAUGCGUUAGUAUCCGUUUUAA